AUGUUAGGAAAACAGGCAAAGUCUACGAUCCGACGAGCACGAUUCGAUGAGGACAACUGUGUGAUGUACAUGAAUGGAAAUCGUCCCGAGGCCACAGUGGUCAGAAGUCAUUCUUUGACGCAAAGUCAGUCUUUGAGCGACUCGGCCGAAUCCGCAAUUCGAAGGUUGAAAAAGGAGAAUCACUGUCUUAAAAAGACGCUAUCUCGACGAUGGUCCGGCAGAAGCAGGUUUGUCUAAUUCUUGAUGUUGCGGAUUCUUUCAAAGUCUCUCCACUUUCAGAACAUCAACGCGAUCACAAUGUGAGCCGGCAGACAUCUCGGACCUCAGUGAAAGCGACGAAGACAACGACGAUAGUUUGUAUUUGCUUCGAGAAACAUCCACAUUGCACGGCCUCCGAGAUGUCAUGCUCUCUUCAUCCGGACGUCUCCGGAUCAUUUGGGUUUUAAUAGUUGUGUCGGCGCUUUGCAUGACAUUCCAAGGCUGCUAUCAAAUUAUGGACGAGUAUGCUAUGCGACGGAUAGUUGUCUCUUAUUUCAUUCAGGAAGCAGGUCAGUCUGAAUAUGUUGUAGCAUCUUUUAAGACAUUUUUAUAGAUGCAAUAUUGCUACCGGAUGUUGUUGUUUGUCCUUACAAUCGUUUUAACCGCUCUUAUUUUGAAGCGAAUAACGUGUCAUUCGAACUGGCUCAAUUUCUGGAACUAUCUUUUCCUUCCCUAGAACUACCUUUCGAGAAUUUGCUCUUAAAAAGAGAUGAAAUCAUCAAAAAGAUAGACACUCUCGAUUUUCAACUUGAAGAUCUCCUUCAAAGAAAGAACAUGACUUAUGUGGAGUUUCUACGGAAUGCUUCGCUCAAUUGUACCGCCUUCUUCCAAGACAUGUCAAGAUGUGAUAAUAUAACCGAGAUGAUGACAUCUGCUGGAAAGUGUUUCAGGUUGGAGGGCUCGUUACAGGUAAAUACUUUGCAGCAAUAUUAUCUGAACUUUCUGUUUGAUUUUAAGGAGGCAAGCGGUUUUGGAAACGGUGAUCGUUACAUCAUCGAUCUACCAGAAGAGUUCUACAAUCCAGGAAUUAAUCAAAUGAUUAACAGCGGAGUGAUUAUAAAACUUGCGGAACGUGGCAAGGGUAUAGACAACGAUCUUACAUUUCUACCCUCAGGUUAGUGAAUCAUUCCUAAAAGUGAAUCUUUUUUGUUCUAAGGUGUUCAUGCAAUAAUGCCGUUACUCGGAACGCAGUUCGAGUUCAUGAACGAUCCUCCGCGAUAUGAGUGCGAGCAAGAUCCGCAUAAGAACUACAGCCGCGUCCAUUGCUACGAAGACUGUCUGACCUCCGAAGCGCAGACUCUCUGCCAAUGCUCACCGGCCGCUGCUCACAAUCCUGGUCAUCCGGACAGUAUCUGCACUUCCACUCUUCUCUACCACUGCUUCUUUCCCAAUCUGUUCACCGAUGACGGCAGAAUUCCGAAAGAAAAAGUGGAUGCGUGCAAGAAAAAAUGCAAAGCACCAUGCCAUUCCUGGUCUUAUAACAAACAAGUCAGCUACUCAAACAUUCCUAGCGAAUCGGUAAAAGUUUGAAACCGACCUGCCCUAAUACUUGAAAAAAUUCCAGAGUAAAAUGUUAAUAUCAAGAGAGGAAUGGGAAAAAAUGCGGAGGCGUAUUAUUUUGGACAUAUAUUAUUCUCAGUUGGAUUAUACUGUUAUUAAGCAUGUUAUCGCUAUGCCACUUUCGAGCUUGAUUGCUCAAAUAGGAGGUAUUGUUUGUGCGAUAAUCAUAUAAUAUCAAUUCGAUGUGAUGUUUGCAGGUCAAUUCUCUCUGUGGGCUGGCGGCUCGCUCAUUUCCCUGUGCCAAAUUGUCAUCUACUCUUUCCGAUACGUCUUGCACAAGUACGUGUCACAAAUUAUCAUUGUGUAUGGGAAAGAAAGAGAACCGGAUGAUAAGAAUUUGAGCCGUGGUGCACAGCAUUUGAUACGCAUCACUUUAGGUUCAGUUUGAAAGAAAGAAGGUGUUGAGCGUUCUUUCCCUGUUUUAAAAAAACUGCCAAAUAUUUGUGCUUGAACAAUUUAGAUAACAGCCCAAACCUGUCUGAGUGAAGAAGAAAAGAGGCGUUUGAUAGUAUUUGCAUGGGAACACACAACACAAGAGAUAGUUCGAUGACAAAAAUGACAACAAUUGCAGGUUCUGCGGAGUGAAAAGCACACGGAAAAGCCGAGAGACGCGCGAGGACCAAGAGGCUCGUCGUAAGCGAGAAGGCAAGCGACGGGCACGGGACGGUGGUGCCUCGAACAAUAGGUCAACUCCAAAACACCAGAAUAACAAUGGGAACGGCAACGGAAAGGUUGUGAACAUUGAAAUGGUGACGACCCGGAUCUCCGAUCAAACCACGCCUCCCAUAUGACAUGAGGACUGGAGCUGCAUGGUAGCAACCAUAUAGUCUGUAUUAUGAUGUAUGGGUGUUGCGGGCAGCUUCAGGUUCAAUUGUAUCUUGACGAGUACUACUUCUCUGAGAUGUUUUUUCCCGUUCCCCCGCCAACUCUCUCUCUCUCCCCUCAUCAAUGUAUCUUCCUAAACUUUCCCCUCCUGCUUGUAUUUUCUCGCCCCGUUUCCUCCGCUAGACAUGUAUGUGAUGGGUUUCUCUCAAGUUCAGUGCACAUUCUUCUUCAUCUCUGCAUUUUUAUUCAAUCUUAUGUAAAGUUGUCUCCCAAUAAAAGCAAUAAUGUGUUCACAUGUUACGAGCAAACAUCUUCAUUUUGAAACCUUCCACGAUAGGCCCGAUCGUCUCCUUUAUCACGCAAAGUUCCCGCUUUCUCUACCUUUCUCCAUGCUUAUCAACUCGACAUAUUUCCACAUCGACUGUACAAGUUUGCCGGUAACGAAACUGAUGUCAUUGGUCCAAACAUGACUGUCUAGGAAUUUUCCUUGCUUUUACGAUUCUUCACGAUGCGAGACGCCUCCAAAAAUAGCGAACAGUCGUUGUGUACGUGUACACUUUCCUUUCUUCCGAAAACUUUUUUCACUCAGAUUUUAUCGAGCUAAUUGAGGGAAAACUUUCAGUGUUUCUCGAAGUCUCUCUCAAUUGAAUCGUUCUGACCUUUAAAGGUGCCUGUAAACCAAACAGUUUGACCCCUAUGACACAAUGAUGAAUUGCUGAAAAAAACGUGAAAAUACUCGCGUUCGAUUACAUUGACUAGCGAGUGAGACCAAUAAUGUUUUCAUCCGCUCACUCUCUUUUAUUAUUUUGAUUUUACCUUCUCCCAUACCCUCCGCUCGAUUGUAUGUACAUGAUUGUUAGCUGCAUACAAUACGUAUGGCGCCUGACGCGAAGUGUAAUGCGUGGCACACACUGAUAAGGAACACGGUUUUGCCAGGCAUCUUGCUGCUUGCCAUUUCCGACUUUGCACUCCAUUACAACUCCUUCACUUUUUGCUCUUGCAACGAUCUUUCGCCGCGGUCAAUCACCAUUCCGGGGCUCCUUUCAGGAUUGCAGGUGGGAGUAGAAGUGCGUUGGAAAGUUUUUUUUCUGAUUGUGAGUCAGCUCAACUUACUUUAAAGGUAUCAUAAACACUCACAUGACUCAGUUUUUGCCCGUUCGUUUCGCUUUUUGUUUUAUGUCUUCUCAAAUAUCACUCUCCGCCGGAAAGAGUGCGCGUAGAGAGUCCUGUUUUCUAGACAUGUCGCGAGUCGGCUCUGUCAGCAUCAACUUGGACGACGUCUUUGGCGGACUCCCUGCUCUGACCACCGCUACCAACGUGAAAUCUUCGGAUGUAAUGAAUUUUUGAAUUUAGGGUCUAUAAAGAUUAACAAUACAUUUUCAGUCGGUUGUUAGAAGCCGUAAGACAACCGAUUCGAGCGUUUCGACUGUGAGAGAGGUUCCGGUUAGUUUUCCCUUCUCAUUUCAGAUGGAAUAAUUAUUUUUCAGGUUGGAAACAGCGUCGUUACUUCCCGCUCCCAAGUCACUACCACGACCAUCACCCACGCGGCUCCUCCGCCGGUUGUUACUGCUCCGGUACCAACCUUCAACACCACUCCAAUUUCGCAUUACUUCGAUGCGAAACCAAUUGCAGAUCCCCUUCUGGAUUCGGUAUGCUUACUCAUGCUUUUAGCUUUAUGACGUGCUCACAGAUCUUCUCGGCCGUAACUUUGCCGACCGUCAACUUGAACGUACACGAUGAAGCUCUUCGCCAUUUGGAAGAAGCUCUUGACGGAGAAGACCACGAGUCCAUCGUCAGCGAGCCGCCAUUCCGUGCUCCGUCGAGCCACGUCAGCUCCCACGUCAAUUCGAAGAGGAGCCAGAGCCAAUUCGCAAGCGAGCACCACCCGCAAAACACGUCGAGUGUCAUUACCAACGGAACUGCCAAGGUGAGUUAGUAAUCCGGGGUCCAUGGUGUGUUCGGUCCGUUUUAGAAAGCAGCCGCCACCCGAGCAGCUAGCGUCAUUGCAAACGACAUAUUUGACGACUUGAAUAUUUCUUCUCAAAACUAUGUACGAUUUUAUUUCUGAUAAUCUUCUGAUUUCUGAUAAGACAUACGAUUACACUACCGCUUUUUGGAAAACGUUUCCACGUCACAGCCGUAUUGAAAAAGUAAGUUUCAGCACGUCUACCAGGCGCACGGAGAUGAGCCGCAACCGGACUAUGAGGAUGAGAAGAGCGAUUAUUUCAACCUCCACCAUCAGUAUCCAACAAAAACCAGUCAGUUUUAGUUUGCAUUCUUGUUCACAACUCCCGCCCUCGUACACGGCGAGCAUUCAUACUUACCGCGUGACUCAUUCUGUCAGUGCGGUCAGUUUGCCUCAAUUGUUGUGCAGAACGAUACUGAAAACAGUCAUACUCACACCUUUCUGUCAUGUUACACUCUUCUUACAGCAGAAAAAGUCAUGCGAGUAAGUACCGGGUGUCUUACGGAAUUAACUAAGAACACUUUUCUACUCAAAUGCUGAUUACAGACUACGCUGCACGCGAUCGUUCCAAUACGAUUGACAGCUUGGCGUCUUAUCCUGAGAGCCGUUUCGGACAGUUCGAUGUCCAUGACGAUCACGACAAAUACCAUGGAGAGGAGAUUAACCUAUACCACAACGAAGUCGCUUACAAACGCCCAGAAUCUGAACGUGUACUCAGCGUAAAUGAUAUUUGUCGCAGCUCUAAAAACUUAUAAUUUUUCAGUCUCCGGGAAGCGUUUACUCUAACCAUACGCAGGCUUCGUUCCACACUGGAGGAACUCAGCAGCUGAGAAACCUCCAACGUCAAGUGGAUGACGCCCGUGUCAAGAAGGCACAGCUCUCGCAUCAAGUUGAUCGUCAGCGUUCUGAUAACGACCGUCUUGCUCACGCUAAUCUGGCCCGCGAAGCCUCUUUGAAGGUUCACAACAUCGGACAAGGAGCCAAGCCGAUCGGACAUCACGUGCGCUCCUACAGCCACGAACACGAGCACCGUCUCUCACCACAACCAAAAUCGAGCCACUCUUCCAGUAAGAAAACUCAGCAAUUCAAUUAGAGCAAAAUUCGUUCAGAGAGCGUUGACUCGAGCAUUUACGAGGAGGAAGAAGUUCAUGUGAGCCCAUUGGCUGCUAAGCAAAAAGCUUCUGGAGAGCAUGUAAAUGUUAUAAUGAAAUAAAGUUUCUAAACGUUUUCGAUUCAGAUUGCCAGCGUCGGAAAGUACGAGCUUAUUGUGCCUCAAUACUAUGUCGUUGACAACUUCUCCAAGAACGACAAGAUCAACAAGGUGAUCAUUGGAGGAGAUGCUCAUGCCAGCGACGACGACAAGGUACAACUCAUGACAAUUCAAAUAAAUAGGCGCACAAUUCAGACUCUGCUUCUGUUCGGACCGGUCGGAUCGGGAAAAACUUCUGCUGUGACCAGCAUGAUGAACUUCUUGUAUGACGUCAAGAAGGAGAACUCAUUCCGGUACUACCCAACGUUUUUAAUUAACACAUCAUUCUUUUUGCACAGGUUUGUGUUGGACGAACACGUGAACGCAACCACUGGCCUCACCGCCUAUGUUUUCAACAACACCGUUCUCCCGUACAACGUCACUGUUGUUGACACUCCUGGAGUGGAGGACAGAAUGGGAAAUAAGACGGUGUCGCGGCUCAUCAAACAAUGGUUUGAGAAGGUUUUUCAUUUAGAAAUUGAUACAGAAAAAUUAUUAAAAAGAAUUUAGGAGCUGCUCGAGUCUGGCGCGUUCCGUCUUGAUGCCAUUUCCAUUGUUCUGAAGCAUGACGAAAACCAGCUCGGGUGGCCGUUCAUCUAUGAAUUGGCUGACGUCAAGAAAAUGUUUGGAGAUGACCUGAAGACCAACGUGCUGCCAAUCAUCACCAACUCGGAAGUGCUCCCUCAGCCCACCGCCAUCAAAAGUCUCACCCAGGCCAACAUUUCUUUCCUCGAAUACUACAAGGUCAACAAUUCCGGAUUCGCCCCGCUCCCAACUGGAAUCUCGAAACUCCAACACAACCUUUACUGGACCCACGGAACUGCUUCACUCGAGAACCUUUUCAGAGUAAUCUUGAUGAUUUUCAGUGAAUUGUAAAGGAAUUCCUUUUUCAGGAUCUGCAAGAGACCAUCCACCCACUCGUCGCAAUUCUCCGACACAACAAGGGACACAAAGUUGAGCCGGCACCGUCACUGGCUAAUAAAGUCUUGUACUAG